AUGGCACAGUUCCACUUGGCCGAGUGCUACCGCAACGGACUCGGUGUCGACCAAGAUCACGCAAAGGCUGUCGAGUUGUACCGCAGUCUGGCAGAUCGUGGAAUCCCUCAGGCCCAAGUUGCCCUCGGCCGAUGCUACGAGUCUGGCGAAGGAGUCGAACAAGAUUACAACACAACCAUCGAGUGGUAUUCCAAGGCCGCAGAUCAAGGCAGCGAAGAC